ACAUCCAACCAACAAACCCCCAUAGCCCCCAAGCCUCCUCGGCGAAUUUUUAGGCCAACAGCCGAAACUUGCCGGACCCCUUCAUUCUCCCUCAACCAUAGUCCUCAUCAUCACCAUGGAUCGAUACCCCUGCGUCAACAGGUAUAAGCACGGCGUUGACUGCCCCGGUUGGGUCAACGUCCAUAAUGCCCGUUGUGAAGACUUACAACCGACAAUCUUCGAGAUCUUAACGGCGAACAAAGGUUUCAAAAGGCAAGCCGUGUCUGCUACGACGCCGCGGAAACCUGCCCUGGAGAGUGCUGCGAGGGGGCAUGCAUCCGCUGAGAUCGAGAGGAAAAAAGGCUACCACCCGCACAGGAUUAGCCUCCAGCCUGCCUCGAUGCUCAAGGAAUGGGCAGGCGGAUUGCGCAGUGAAGGGUUGGACCGGCAGAACUUGGGUCAGCCUGUACACAUCGUCCUCUAAGGUGGCAUAAUAGGUGUUAAUCGGUAGCCAAAGACGCACGUUCUCC